AUGCGGUCCGUAUCCAGCCAGACGGAAGGGACAGUGACCAUUAUCACUGUUGGCAACCCAGCCUACCCCAGUUAUGUCGUUGGUGUGAGACAGCAACAACAGCAGCAGCAGCAGCAACAACAACAACAACAAGUCCCACACAGCAACAAAUCCAGUCAGCUUAGUCUCACACCAUCAUCAAGCGCACUCACACUGAACAGCAGUUCAGGACUUCCGCCUGAGCCACUUCGAGAUGGUGUUCAGCACUUCUGCGAGAAACACAUGGACACUAUCAGGAAGUUUAUCAGCAGUCUUUCCGCUAGGAUCCCCCUACCAGCCAAAUGCAGCAUUGUGGACGGCAGACAUAAGCGCUAUGUUCCUCUCAAUUUCCAGUGUGGAAUAAAGGGGACAAAUUGUUUAUAUGGCAAGCAGUUUUUCAUCCUAAACACCAAGCUUCCAAAGACCUGGAUCCAUCUCAUGUUCCUGGCUGUCCAGGCCCAGUCAGCCUCGGCGUUAAGCCAGCAGGAUUUAAGUGUGAGCAGCCUUAAAACAUGUUGGGAUGCGCUCUACCCGGAGAAAGGAAACAGUGGCUAUAUCACACUUGUCACCUCAUCCUUCCCAUUAGCAAAGGACCAGGAUGCCUUGCUUCAGGAGCUCCAUGGUGACCGAUAUGAUGUGUUCGAGUUUAACGCCCCUCGCAAGUACUGGGCCUGCUUUAUGUGUAACCACCCGGAGAAAAUGUCUGAACUGAUGCCUGAUGGAAGUCCAGUCAUUGCUGGUCAGUUGAAGGAGAAGAAAGGGCGCUGGAAGUUUCUGGAGCGGUGGAAGACCCGAUACUUCACUCUCUCCGGCAGCCAGAUAACCUACAGCAAAAGUGAUUCGAGAAAAGAAACGUUACCAGUGCGAGAAAUACAGAGUGUGAAAGCUGUACGCAAAGGCAUUCGUGAUAUUCCAAAGGCUUUUGAAAUCUUCACAACAGACCAGAACUAUGUGUUAAAAGCAAAAGGCCAACAAAACAUUGAGCCCUGGGUACAGUGCAUCCAUCCAUCUAGCUGUGGCCAAGGCUCAGAAUGAUGGAGAGUGUACUGUUGUGGAAAACGUCACCAUACCAACCAUUCCAUCUAGACCCCGAUCUGCUGUACGCGAUACAAAGUUAUAGCAUUUGUGACACAGUGCACACGCUGUGAUAGACAGUGAUAUUAAGAUCUUCAUAACUUUAGAUGUAGAAUUGCUGCAAUUAUAACAAAGUGUACAUAUCUGAAUUAAUAAAAAUGUUUGCAUUUUGACUAAGUGCAUAUACUGUGAUACAACAAUUUGUAGUUUGUAACCAAGUACAAACAUUAUUGAUGAAAGAUGGUGGACCAUUUGUGUCCACUUUCCAUGUUUUGGUGUCUUAACUGCUGGGUUUUUUUGAUGGCUCAGCCUGUUUCUCUUUUGUUUUAUUGUAGUUUAUAUUUGUUGUUCUAUGUUUAUACAUUUAAAUACAUUUAUGGAUAUAUUUAUGUGAAUGUGCUUGACAGUAAAUUUUAUAAUGGUGAUAUGGCCAUGCAUUUAUCAAUGUUUAUAGGUAAGUUAGUAUUGUAUAUGUCCACAUUAAUGAACUGAUAAUUUGAAAAAAAUAUACAUAUACAAAACCUUUUUCCAAAAAAUGAUAAUUACUUCAAAGCUGUAUUUUCUUAUUUCAACAAAACGUGGCGUUUAUGGCGCAAAUGGAUUACCAUAGUAAAAACCCAAGUUAUUUUUAUGAAUACAAUUUAAAAUUAGUAUUAAUUGAUAUGCUGUUGAUUGGAAACAUUGUUACACAUUUAUCAGAAAAGUGGUGUUUACAUGUAAAUAUGUGUUUUGUUGAAGUAUACAUUAUUUGUAUUUUUAGUUUUAAAACUUCAGUUUCCAUAAAUUAAUGCCAGAAUAUACAUUAAGCAUAUAAGCAUCUUUUAGAGUGCAACGCAGCAAAUUAGGAAAUUCUUGACUCUAAGGUAAAGGCACAUUCUUUAUUAAAAAAAUAAUAAUUCUGUAAUAGGGCUCCAGUAUGGGUCUUCCUGUAUUGGUCUUCUGUAAGGGUCUUUGGUGUUCAUAUAGACAUUUUUCUGUUGUUAACCUUUUCAAAUAGAGGUGCAAUAUAUAACGUUUGUAGACGUAGUAUUAAAAUGAAUCAAGAAUGUUUUAAAGCAUUUGAGAGUACUGCAGCCAUAUUUAACACACAAUGCUAUCACUAUGAGGUUUGACUGUCAGGGGUGUAGCUAGCCUUAUAUUCGCGUGGAUUCAUUAUUGGGCUAGGCGGUUCGGGAGCAUGCUCCCUCGGAAAUAUUUGAUAACCAGAGUGCAUUCUGGGCAUUCUGAGGUGUGUUUUUAGUGCUGGAAAAUGGACAGUUUUAGGAUCAAGUAGUCAAGUACGCAUAGUGCAACUUUGGCUGACUUUUUGUCAAAAUCAUGUGGAUUCAGCCGCGUACUCGCGUAUAGUCAGCUACGCGCCUGACUUUCAACUAUUACCCUAGAACACCUGUGUCAUUGUUACAAUCCAUACCUUUGUCGUUUUUUGUUAAUCCUUAUACUAACUAUACUGGUUAUGGAGCCUGACAUUUAUUUUGGUAUUUUCAUCUGUCACCAAUGUCAACAAAUUUUCUUGACAUAAUAAUUGUG